GACUAAUCGUGCUGUCACUUGUCAACCGUUCAAAUUCAAAAGUGCUCAAGGUGAAAAACGGUUAUCACGACUCCUCAAGCAUAAAAUUUCAAAUGCUCGUUAUUCGACUCUCCACAAAGUGAUUUGACUAAAAUAAACCCGUACUACAUCAAGAUGAACCCUGUAAGUAAAUUCACACCAAAGUUACGCCGGGAAAAAACCGCCUUAUCAAACUCCGACCUGGCCAAGAAAAAAGAUGCCGUGCAAGUUUUUUGCCGUUUGCGCCCCCUGCAAGACGACCAGGAGUCCAACUGUAUCAAACUAUUAUCGUCUUCAGUGUUGGCUUUAACCACCCCUGCCGAAUCCAAGUUAAUACGUAAGGAAGUCCACUGCCAAUUCAAACACAUCUUCACCAACUAUGCCUCCCAGAAGGAAGUUUUUGACACCGUGGCGUACCCCUUUUUGGUGGAUUUGUUGCACGGUAAAAACGGACUUUUGUUCACGUAUGGGGUCACCGGGUCAGGUAAGACUCACACUUUGACCGGUGACCAAAACAACCCGGGAAUCAUGCCGAAGUGUAUUUACACCAUUUUUAAUACAAUCGCGGAUUUUCAAGCCCCAAAGUGCGUGAUUAAGUCCGACCGGAUGAACGGAUUUGAGGUUCAGUCGCGCGAGGAUGCAAUGCAAGAUCAGUUGUUUAUACUAAGAUCGGCUUCGAAAACUCCUGGCAGAAGCAACGGUAAAAAAUUGAAAGAUAAAUCGUACUUGAACGACGGAGCGAAAAUUAUGGAUAUCAACGAAAACAACUUGUACUCAGUUUUCGUGAGUUAUAUUGAAAUUUAUAAUAAUACAGUUUAUGAUUUGUUGGAUGAAAAUAGUGGGAAAACGCUUCAAGGUAAAAUCUUGCGAGAAGACUCUCAGAAAAAUAUGUACGUGAACGGGGUGGUCGAAACCGAGGUGAAAUCCGCCGAAGAAGCGUUCGAGCUCUUCAAUAUUGGUCAAAAACGCAAGAAAAUGGGCAAUACUGUUUUAAAUUCCGUAUCUAGUCGCAGCCAUUCCAUUUUUAACAUUAGAGUAGUCCAAUUUCAACAGCUAGCUCACAACGAGGAGGGUCAGCCAGUCAUCCCCGACUCGAAUUUACUCAAAGUCGCUCAACUCAGUCUCGUGGAUUUAGCGGGGUCUGAACGCACCAAUCGCACCCAAAACACGGGACAACUGCUCAGAGAAGCCAGUCAGAUUAACAAUUCGUUGCUGUCGCUCCGAACCUGCUUGGAAAUUUUGCGCGAAAACCAGCUAACCGGCGCCAACAGACUCGUGCCGUACAGAGACAGCCGCUUGACCCUCCUCUUCAAAAACUACUUUGAAGGUGAAGGUCGAGUGGUGAUGAUCGUCUGCGUCAACCCAUCAGCUGAAGAUUUUGAAGAAAAUCUUCAAGUGAUGAAGUUCGCGGAGACCACGCAAGACGUGAAAGUAGCCCGCGCUGAGCCCAAAUUUACUCCACACAAGAAAAAGAUUCAGAAAAAGCCAGCCACACCGUUCGCUUGCAAGAGCGGCGGGACGUUCACCCUCGGUCCGAAAUUACCGGAAAUUAAAUUAAGUUUCAACAGUCUUGAAGAGAGUCAGGUGGCCCUUGAACGACUGCUCAACGUUCUGAAAACCCGGCGCCAGAAAAUUAAGACCGCGGAUGAGGAAUUGGACCAGAAAGAAAACCACUUUCGCAAGAGAUUGAUUGAAAUCUACCAGGAGAACAUCCUGGGGAAGUCAGAAGUGAAAAGUAUGAGGGCGCAGCUCAAGAAGGAGAAACAAAGGUGUACGAAUGUUGAGUCAAAAUUGGCAGACUUGGAGAGCAAAAACGGCGAUCUUAAUAUGAAACUGAGGGACCAUCAGGGGGAAAUUUGCGCUCUGCGCAACACCAUCGCAGAGAAGGAUCUAAAAAUAAAUAAAAACAUCUUAGAGAAGGAAAAAAUCAAGCAAAAGAUGGCGCUCCAGAACGAGAAAAAGGACCACGAGCUGGAUGCUAAACUGAGACGACAGAGAGAGCAUCUGCAGGCUGCUAUGCGAGCUAAAGACAGCAAAAUUCAAAAAGUGAAAGAGAUUCUAGAGGGCGAUUUUGCUCCUGUGGUGGUUGUGGAGACGCCUCCGGUGCAAGAAUAUGUCCAACCUCCAGAAACCCCAAAGCAACAAACUAGAAGACCCAUUGGUACGCCAGCGUCUAGACAGCGCAGGUCACGUUCAGCCGGAGAUGUGUGGCUGGAGCAUAAUUCAGUGAAACCUGUACCUUUGGGUACCGUGUUGCAACCGUCCAUGAAAAAACGAAAGUCUGUCACUAAGCUGAGUAAAGCCAGUGAUGUCACUAAUCCCAAACAGAGUAAAUAUUGCCUGAUUGCGCAAGAACAAGAUGAUGGGGGAGAUGUUGAAACUAAAGUUUACAAGGGUGAUAUUGUGCCCACGUGUGGGGGUGGGGCGCAGGUCAUUUUUAAUGACGUGGAGAGGUUGAGGCAGGAAUCACCGACAGCUGACAUUAAAUAGGCUUCUAUACAGUUUUACAUUAUUAUAUAACGUUAUUUCUUAUUUGUAAGCACUAUAGUUUGUACAAACUUUAUUGAUUUUUUAUGUACUUAAAGCAAAUAAAUGUUUACAUUUCAUUUUUAA